UGGAGCUGUGUCUCGCUUGUCGCGCCGCACCGUAACCCCGAGCCUCAAACGGCAGAGCUGCUUUCCUUUCCUGCAUCUCGUCCUUUGUUUCAGCCGAAACCCUUAAGGGAAAUAGUGAGGAAACAUUGUAGCUCCAUGUCUGUCCCUCCUUCUGCCCAGCUAAUCCCCCAUCUGGAGAAUAGAGGGGGCGUGUCCUGCCAUGGAUAACGCACUGCGAAAGCCCGUCAGUAAAGCUCCAGAUGGUCUGUUGCUUUCAUGCAUGGAGAAGAUACAGAGGACACUAAAUGCUCAAUCCAUGUUUUCUGUGAUGAAUGUGUUGGAACGUUUAUCCAGACAAAAAGGACUUACUGUUCAUGUUAGCCCCAGUGGGACAACCUGCUACAUAACAUCAAUGAUGUUUUAUGUAGAAAUUCAGCUGGAGGAGGAUGGAGAUGUGAUGGAUGUAAAGUUGGCUCACUUUGAAGAAGCUCCUGUGGUUUGUGAUGAUUUGGUCCAGCUUCUAAGGAUGAAGAACUAUGAUGCCUUUGGCAAGAUUCUAGAAGACCUGUCAAAUAUGUAUCAAAUUCCAGGAAACAGCGAAAUGAAAGCUAAGGGAUAUCUUGCUUUGCAGGCCCUUGAAAAAGACCUUUAUUCAAUGUCACUUCUUGACAGAACACAGGAUCUAAACAGAGUUACUGAAGUACUUCAUGGAAAAGUAGGACACCUGGUGCCAAGAACUGGAGGAACCCCAAUGAACAUUGAAUUUUACAUUUCUCCCUAUCAAGUUUUGGAAGCAGAACUAAAUAAUGGUUCCCAGGUAUGUGGAACAAAAACAGUUGUAACUGUUGAAGGCACAGAUACACUGUACAAACUGCCUCUUUCUCCAUUAAUUAUAGAUCCUCAAGCUGGAGAGGACAGCAACCCUGCUUUUUUGCAACUGACUGAUGAACUCAGCAUGGAUUUGCCAGCUCAUUUUGUUCUGAAGUUUCAUCAGCCUGUUCCAAUGUCUUCAUCCAGUAUUGAAGAGAUACAGAAGCUCACAGGCAUGUUAUAAUUGCUUUUU